CAGAGCCGUUUGGGAGGCGUAGUGGAGCAAAGGCAAAAGGGGAGCGGGGUAAAUGAAAACACUGCACCUGGCCUUUUUCUGUGGGAUUUAGCAGCCAGCGAAAAGCGCCUGACGCCACCCAGGGCAAUGUUCCGGAGGCAUUUUUGAUCUAUCGUCGAGGUAACCUUUGAGAAGAGGCUCCUUGCCCAAGUGAAGGAGCUCGUGGGCUUUGGAGCUGCUGCUCUUCCUCCGAGACGCUGACUGUCUUCCUCUGUCCAGAAUGACGGACGUGGUGAUCGUGAAGGAGGGAUGGCUCCACAAACGAGGAGAGUACAUUAAGACGUGGAGGCCGAGGUAUUUCUUGCUGAAGAAUGAUGGUACGUUUAUUGGUUAUAAGGAGCGGCCACAGGACGUGGACCAGCUGGAGACGCCACUCAAUAACUUCUCUGUGGCACAAUGUCAGCUGAUGAAGACAGAGAGGCCGAAGCCCAACACAUUUAUCAUCCGCUGCCUGCAGUGGACCACUGUUAUUGAGCGCACGUUCCAUGUGGAGACCCCAGAGGAACGGGAGGAAUGGAGUAAAGCCAUCCAGGCUGUGGCUGACAGUCUGCAGAAACAGGAGGAGGAGAUGAUGGACUCUUCUCCUGACCCCAUGGAUAUGGAGAUGUACCUAACCAAACCUCGGCACAAAGUGACUAUGCAUGACUUUGAAUACCUCAAACUCCUUGGGAAAGGCACUUUUGGCAAAGUCAUCUUGGUGAAGGAGAAGGCUACAGGAAAAUAUUACGCCAUGAAAAUCCUUAAGAAGGAAGUAAUUGUAGCAAAAGAUGAAGUGGCUCACACACUCACAGAAAACCGCGUGCUCCAGAAUUCUAAGCACCCUUUCUUGACGGCACUGAAGUACUCGUUCCAAACACACGACCGCCUGUGCUUCGUCAUGGAGUACGCGAAUGGAGGAGAGCUUUUCUUCCACUUGUCACGGGACCGGGUAUUCUCUGAGGAUCGGGCACGGUUCUAUGGAGCAGAAAUCGUUUCUGCACUGGACUACCUGCACUUGGAGAGGAACGUAGUUUACCGCGAUCUGAAGCUGGAAAAUCUGAUGCUGGACAAAGACGGCCAUAUAAAGAUCACCGACUUUGGGCUUUGUAAGGAGGGCAUAACAGACGGAGCCACUAUGAAGACCUUCUGUGGCACCCCAGAGUAUCUGGCUCCUGAGGUGCUGGAGGAUAACGAUUAUGGCCGUGCUGUAGACUGGUGGGGCCUGGGCGUGGUCAUGUACGAGAUGAUGUGCGGCCGCCUGCCUUUCUAUAACCAGGACCACGAGCGCCUGUUCGAGCUCAUCCUAAUGGAGGACAUCCGCUUUCCCCGUACACUCGCCCCUGAGGCUAAAUCACUGCUCUCUGGCCUUCUCAAGAAAGAUCCCAAACAGCGAUUAGGAGGUGGUCCUGAUGAUGCGAAAGAAAUUAUGCAGCACAAGUUUUUUGCUGGAAUCGUGUGGCAAGAUGUUUAUGAGAAAAAGCUGAUCCCUCCAUUUAAGCCCCAGGUUACCUCAGAAACAGAUACAAGAUAUUUUGAUGAGGAGUUCACUGCACAGACCAUCACUAUCACACCACCAGGAGAAGAUGAAAACAUGGAACUGUUCGACAGCGAGAGGAGACCCCACUUCCCAAAGUUCUCCUACUCCGCCAGUGGAACCUGUUAGAUGACACCUUUUCCCCAUAUCAGCCUCCGCGCCACUGAGUCCAGCGCCCCCUGCCGGGUGCUUCGGGUAGCUGUUGCUCUUUUGCACCACUGACCACCGACACAUUUUCCCCCUACAACACACGAACUGGCCUAAGUGCACAGGUGUCCUUCUCCUGGAUUUCAUCUGCUUCUUGCUUUCAUUUCAUAAUUUUGUGAACGACGAACAUCAACCUUCCAGCCAUUUUAUGUUUCCUUUGUGGUCUGAGAAUGAUUAUUAUUAUUAUUAUCAUUAUUAUUAUUAUUAUUUCUGAGGAUAUCAGAAGGAACACACACACACACACACACACACACACGAGUACACAAGCUGACAGGUUUUAUAGCACUUCACAAACCAAGUCAGAUAUUUACAGUAGAUUUAAUGAAAUGCCAAAUAUACUUCUUUUACUUGUAUUUAAAAAAAGACCAACCAUUUGGACCAACUGAAGCGUUUCUACAUUUUUAUACACUGAAAGACUGAAUUCAAGAAAAUAUCUUGGAAAAAGUGUAGUGCAACAUUUCAAUCAAGCAGAGCCUUGCCUAUCCUAUAUGAAUAUCAGUUCACUUCUAGAUGUAUGGACUGGAAUUGCUUUGGCCCACCUGCUGUAGGCUAAAAAUUUUACCCUGCAUUUAUAAUCAUUUGUACUAAAUGUGCAAUACUGUAGCAAAAUAAUAGAUAGAUCGUAGUACCAUGGUUAAGUUUGAAGCAAAGCCAAUUCAGUCUUUAGGAACUUUUUUUUUUCCCCCUCCUCCUUCUUCAGUCCUCAAAGCAGUCAGGAGUUGUUCUCAUUUUAAUAACUUAAAAAUGCACGGAUACAUCGAACUAUUCUGGACUUGAAUAUUAUCCCACAUCAUGUAUUUUAUAAUCUUGUUGUCUGGGUACUCUUCUUCCGGUCUCCUUUCUCUUUUUUUUCCUACUUCCUUUUUUGGUAGUUUUCUGUAUUAAGUGCAUUAUUCACAGUGCACGUUGCACAGCCUCAGUGAGGUACUACAGCUAGAACUACUCUAACAACUUUAGGGACUUUUUUUUUUUUUAACGAGUUUGGCUUUGAAUCCAAGAGACCCAACAGGCAGAACCAGCUUGUGACCUUUUGGAUUUUUUUUUUUUUUUUUUUUUUAAACCUGGAUGUGUUCAAUAUUUAUAUAUUAAAAACCAGCAGCUUGACUGUGCAGGACAAGUGCUCUUCCCUGUUUCAAAUGUUACGUUUGUACAUUUCGGCAUUACUCGCACCGUAGAGGAGCUACACGUAAAACUAAACAUGUCGUGGUGCUUUAGCUCGCAAAGUUGGCCGUUGUUUACAAACUAAAGCCGUUAAGAGUAUUUGUUCUGUUUAUUUGAUUAACGCAUUCGAGGCAUUUCCAACAAUAAACGCAGCCAUAGUUUUCAUGGUUUUACUGGGUUACGCAAUUAAUGCUGAUUUUAGAAAGAGCUAUGAAAUGAGCUGCGAUGAUCUCUGGUUAGGAGUGUAAUUUAAUUUGAUUUAUGAAGUCUAUGAUGAAAGAAAAGAACCUUACCUAGAGCUCCUUUAUGCUUGAAGGUGACAUGAACCAACACAUCUGUCCAUUAAUCUAUUGCAAGGUGUAAAUACCAAGAAAUUGCUUUCAGAUACAAUCCAUUACAGUGCAUGUACAGAUACUGAAAUGAGACUUGUACAGUUAUAGAAUCUGUUAAGCUAAGCAUCAUGAAUAUGUUUUUGAAAGUGACUUUUUUUUAUUGUCACAAUUUUUAAGUGCAUUACUCUGAUCAGUGUUUGGAUUUCAUGUAGUAAUCAUUGGUAAUGAGUAAAUUAAAAAAAAAAGUCCUCAUCAAUCAUGAGUAAAUGAAUGUAAAUGCUUUUUUCCCCCCUUCACUUUAAGCUUGUUUUUCCUGUUUAAAGAAGCGAUAAGUGACUUUAUUGCAUAUAAUUAGUCCCCAUGCCUAUUAGUAGUGAGUGAUAUGUGACCAGACCACAGAAACGAAUGAAACAUGAAUGUUUGUUUUAUUCCCACCUUCUAAACAUUCCACAAUUGUGUAUCACGUAUGAAUCUACUUAUUGCUUCUUUAAGACUCCAUUGUUACAUAUGCAUAUGUUUUCUCAUACUGUUAUCUUUUUUUAAUGGGGAGAUAUUUUGCUUCUUUUUUUUUUUGCGGCCUUUCCUCAAUUCUCUAAGACACAAACUUUAGUAUAUGAAUAAUAUAAACUUUGUACGCACAUCUGUUUAUAUGGCUUCAAUUUUUCUGUGGAAUUGAGCAAAUUAAAAAAAAAAGUUUGGCUAAAA